AUGGGUGCAAAAAAAGAAGAUGUGGAAAAAUUCCUUAAGGAGAAUCCUGAGUUUGCUCGAAAGUACUUUGCCAAAAAGAUGAGCCCUUCUUCCUUAUCAAAGGCAUCAGGACUCCAGGAGAAACAGAUCGACUUCGGCCACUUUCAGGAACUAAUUCAGGUCGAAGAAAGCCUAAUAAUGUACGACCUGAUCAAAGACAUGCAAGAGAACGUCAACAUGGAAAAAGUGGUCUUCAAGAUCCUGAAGAGGCUCAGCGCUCUCAUCCACGCUGACCGCUGCAGUCUGUUCAUGUACCGGCAGCGCAACGGCAUCGGCGAGCUCGCCACGAGGCUCUUCAACGUCAGCAAGGACUCGGUGCUGGAGGACUGCGUGGUGCCGCCGGACUCUGAGAUUGUCUACCCACUGGACAUGGGAAUAGUUGGCAAUGUGGCCCUCACUAAGAAGACUGUAAACAUCAAAAAUGUCAAAGAGAGUCAGCACUUCAGCUCAUUUGUAGAUGAACUUACUGAAUACCAGACCAGGAACGUUCUGGCUUCGCCCAUCCUCAACGGCAAGGACAUGGUGGCAGUGAUCAUGGCUCUGAACAAAACCACAGGACCGCAUUUCACUGCAGAGGAUGAAGAUCUCUUUCUAAAAUACCUGAAAAUUGCCUGUCUGAACCUAAAGAUCUUCCACUUGAGUUACCUCCACAACUGCGAGACACGUAAAGGACAGCUGCUAUUGUGGUCUGCUAACAAGGUGUUUGAAGAGCUGACGGACAUUGAGCGACAGUUUCACAAAGCCUUGUACACGGUUCGAGCCUACCUCAACUGUGACCGCUACUCCGUGGGUUUACUAGACAUGACAAAGGAAAAGGAGUUUUUUGACGUCUGGCCUGUUUUGAUGGGAGAGCAGCCACCUUACACGGGCCCUGUCACUCCAGAUGGCAGGGAGAUACAUUUCUACAAAGUGAUUGACUACAUCUUGCAUGGAAAAGAAGAGAUCAAAGUAAUACCAAAUCCACCUGCAGAUCACUGGUGCUUGAGCAGCGGCCUGCCCACUUACGUUGCUGAGAGUGGUUUUAUUUGUAACAUUAUGAAUGCAGCUGCUGAUGAGACAUUUAAGUUUCAGACAGAAGCGUUGGACGACAGUGGCUGGACCAUAAAAAACGUUCUGUCGCUCCCCAUUGUCAACAAAAGGGAAGAAAUAGUUGGCGUGGCAACUUUUUACAACAGAAAAGAUGGAAAACCUUUUGAUGAUCAAGAUGAGCAGCUCAUGGAGGCUUUGACUCAGUUUUUGGGGUGGUCAGCUCUGAACACGGACACUUACGACAAAAUGAACAAGCUCGAGAACCGGAAGGACAUCGCUCAAAACAUGGUCCUCUACCACGUCAAAUGUCGAGAUGAUGAGAUUCAGGAUAUUCUGAACACAAGAGAUAUCUACGGCUGUGAACCCCAAGAGUGUGAAGAAGAGGAGCUUCUUGAAAUCCUGAAAAAGGACUUGCCUCCACUCAUCAAGAAAUUUGAGAUCUAUGAGUUCCGCUUUUCGGAUUUCAACUGCACAGAGAUGGAGCUGGUGAAGUGCGGGAUCCAGAUGUACUAUGAGGUCGGCGUGGUCAAGAAGUUCCAGAUCCCACAAGAGGUGCUGGUUCGUUUCAUGUACUCCAUCAGUAAAGGCUACAGAAAAAUCACGUACCACAACUGGCGUCAUGGAUUCAACGUGGGGCAGACCAUGUUUACACUACUAACAACAGGACAUCUGAAGCGAUACUACACUGACCUGGAGGUGAUGGCUAUGAUUACUGCUGGCUUCCUGCAUGAUAUUGACCACAGGGGGACAAACAACUUGUACCAGGUCAAGUCUGGUAAUCCUUUGGCCAAGCUACACGGCUCCUCCAUCCUGGAACGACACCAUCUAGAGUUUGGAAAGUUCCUUCUGGCUGAUGAGUCACUGAACAUCUACCAGAACCUUAACAGGCGGCAGGUAGAUCAUGUGAUUCAUCUCACGGACAUCGCCAUCAUCGCCACCGAUCUGGCUCUUUAUUUCAAAAAGAGAACCAUGUUCCAAAAGAUUGUGGACCUUCGACAUACAUAUGAAGAUGAGAAGAAAUGGGUGGAAUUCAUGUCUUUAGAAACAACCAGAAAAGAGAUUGUCAUGGCCAUGAUGAUGACAGCAUGUGACUUGUCAGCUAUUACAAAGCCUUGGGAAGUGCAGAGCAAGGUUGCCUUGUCUGUGGCUGCAGAGUUUUGGGAGCAGGGUGAUUUGGAAAAGACGGUACUGGAACAACAACCUAUUCCUAUGAUGGAUAGAAACAAAGCGGCAGAGCUUCCUAAGCUACAGUGUGGUUUUAUUGACUUUGUCUGCACAUUUGUCUACAAGGAGUUUUCUCGCUUCCACCCACAAAUCCAACCUAUGCUGGAUGGUAUUAUUAACAACAGGAAGGAGUGGAACGCUAAAAAGGAAGAGUACGAGGCGAAACUGAAAGCCAUAGAGGAUGCGAAGGCUGCUAAAGGAGCGGCAGCACAAGCCAAAGCUGCUGCAAACAACCCCAGUGGUGAAGGCUCCAAGACCUGCUCCGUGUGCUGAGACCACACACUCGGCUAUAAAUGUGUAAAUAGGGGUUUAAGAUGGAGGAACUUCACAAAGGUCU